CGCGAAAUUGCAUCAUUUCCCGCGUCGCUUUGUGAAAGAUAUCAAGAGUUUCGGUGAUCGGAGGACUACGUUUCAGCGAUUUCGAAUCGCUGUCACCGCCGGUUUACUCGCCGGUUGUCGUUGUCGGAAUUCGUCAUUGAAGUGAGGAGGUUGGGAUACUACGGUAAUAGAACGUACACGAGUUGUGUACGAAAUGUAUCGCCGUUCGAGAUUUCGCGCGGCGAUCCUAAGCAACGAACAAGCGGCAAGAUAUUCGCACUCGCUUGUCACUGGUUGUCUAUCCAAAUUAAAUCCGCGGCAGCAGCAGCAGUAGCAGUAGUAGCAGCAGCAGCAUCCUCCUGACCGUCAGUGACCAUCGAUACCGCUAUUGGAUACUACGUUCGCUCGUAGGACUUGGACUAACCUCCUUCUCAGGACGGUUGCCAGGGCGAGCCAUAGCACAGUCGCUAUGACAAAAGGUGGCAUCACUGGGAACGUGUUGGAAGCACGGACGGUACAGCGCUCAUUGAUAUGACGCCAUUUUACUAACCUUUCUCGUCGUGUCCACCGCGACCAGAUACUCAAAGCAGUGCCGAGGCAUUAACUACGGGCUACGUGUCGUGUUUCCACGCGGUCGAUCGCGUCAUCGUGCGAACAAUUGGCUCGGUCUCACGCCCUGUGUAAAGUAAAUCGCUGUAACAGUUUGCAUUAUUAUGGAAGAUGAGGAUGGAGAGGGUAAAAUUAUAGAUAUGUGGAAUAUCUUGGAGGAACAACAGCUCAAAGAUUCGACAUUGGGUAAUGCAUUAAGACAUUCCAUCGAUGAUGUAUACACAGAUGUAAUUGAAGAGGAGAAACAGCUGAUACGCUACAAUUCGAUCAUAGCGAAAGAUUCGCCUGGCAGAAAUACAGUAACAAAUCCAAAACUUACAUUCAAAGGCUUCAAGAAGCGCAUCCUAGCCCAAGCUCGAGAGAUUCAUACCUCCAGUCCGAAGAAUAGCACGCCGGAAACGCAACAAUCGGCGCAUCCCAAUGCAAGGGGCGGCAAGGACAAGAGGACAGAGGGGAAACGGGAGCGUAAGAUAACGGAAUACGCUCAGUAUUUGGGUCUUCAACCAUCAGCGAGAUACAAAUGCUCCAAGUGUCACACGUGGUCCAUUUGUGGUUCCAAUACGAAACAGAACUCUUGCACUUGUAAUUCUAGUAUGACGCCGAUGCCGAGUACCUCCGAAUCGAGUACUUCAAUGUCGCACAGCGCCAGCAGCUUCAAGAUCACGAGAAAAGUUUAUCUGUGCGCAGCGUGUGGUACAUAUUUCGAAAACUGGAAUUUAUUCUUGCACAUGAGGGACAUACACAAACGUCACAUAUGUCUUUACUGCCUCGGCAUGUUCGGCCAGGCGGAAAGGCUGUCGUACCAUCUGAUGAAGAAACACAGCGUUCCGGAGAUGGCGUUUACCUCGAUGGAGGAUUUCUAUAACGCUUUCAAAGGUUCGUGCUACUUGGUCUGUUGCAGCUGCGAAAAGGUUUUCUCGGAGACCGACGAUUUCUUUAACCAUUAUUGUUCACUGACAUUGAAACAAGAUGUGACUGAUACCGGCACGCCGGUAUGUACCAUAUGCAGGCAGAGUGCGGGUACACACGCGAGUACCUGCAGUUUUGCGCUACCAUCGGAUACGGAUAGGGAUUUGUGUGGCUCCGCGACGCCAUUAUCAGUCGCUGACGCGACGCACGCGGAUAAUGCGUCGCCAGCGACUAUCCUACCACCGGAGAAAACUACAAAUCUCGGAGGUAAGGGACCACCGAGAAAAGCAAUUAAGCACAAGAGCAAACACAGUGAGGGAGAUGGUGCACAAAAUUCCCGCCAACCAAAACCGAUUGCAUCGACAAGGAAAUUAGGCGCGAAAAUCCGGUGUAACGAAAACCAACUUGAUCGCAAUCUCGAUAUCCAAAGAGAAAUAACAAAUAAUUUACCUAGAGACACAGUUACCGAGACAAUAAUGGAGGUAUCUAGGUAUACGGGCCGCGAUUCAUCUGACGAGAAUGACGAGAACGAUGAACAAGCAAUGAAUAAGGACGUGUUUAACAAUCGUGACAAAGAAUCGGGAGAAACGUCACCGGCUCAAAAUUGUCAACUCGAUCGCAAUGAACCUUACGACAGUGUAACCGAGACUAUUAUGGAAGUGUCACGCUAUACAGGUGACGAAGAUAAAAACGAAAAAGAAGAAGAUUCGAUGUGUACUGCAGAUGAUGAAUAUACAUCGCGCACAGUUGAAAAGAUGAAUACCGAAAACAGCGAGAUAUGCGAUAAAAACGAUAUUGACUUGGUACCCUCGAUCAAUUCAAGACCAUCUAGUCCAGUACAAUGGGAAACCGAGAAAACCGCGAUAGCAGACGCAAAAGCGAAUGCUACGUGCGAGCCUGAAAAUGAAAUUGAAUUUUGCGCGUAUGACAGCCCGCAAAAUGUACAAAGUCCUGUCAAUCGAUCACUGUUUAGUCCGCAACACGAGUCGCAUGCGUUGGAUCCGCAAUCCAAAGAAGAAGAAAAUGACGACGACGAUGUCGAAAAGAAUGAGGAGAAGUCAGAUGCGACGUGCGCCGCUGAAUCUCAAGCUUCAGUUUCGUUUAACGCUGUUGCUACUUCCGAUAGGAGUUUGGUUAUUAAAAUUUGCAAUAGAAACUCGCAGUUUAGCGUCGCAACGACUACCACCGCGAGCAAAAAAUCCGAGGAAAAUAAUAAUGCCCAAGGAUCGACAUCAAAGGACAAAAUGUUAAAUGGUUCGAAAACGGAAAGAGACAUCAACGGUGGUGACGAAGCGAAUAACGAGCUGGAUGAUAGCGAUUCCGAUAGCGAUAAACUGGCAGUAGUGGAUAGCAAUCAGGAGGAAGAUGAAGAAGCGGAAGACGGUGAGGAGGCUGAAGAGGCCGACGAGGUCGAAGAAAUCGAAGAGGACAGAUGUAAUGAUGCGAGAGAUGACGAUAACCAAGAUAAUCAGGAAGGAAAUGGUGGAAUCGGAACUGAAACAAGUACUGAUCGGGAAACGUUCGCCGUCACAUCGAUGCCAAGCCACGACGUCAGUAUUGAAAAAUUUGUUAAUAACGAGACCGAAGGCUCAGCGAGAAGUGUUGCUAGUGACCAGACGACGAAAGACGAUACAAUCGAUAUCGAUGGUGGUAUUGCACUAGCCGGCGAGGAUGCCCCAUGUAUCGAUCUAAACGUUGAGGGUACUUUGGAUAGCAUGGAUUUGGAGGAGCUGCUAAAACGCUGCAUUGAGGCGGCCAGUCCUAUCUGCGUUUAUUGCAAUCAUGCGCGGCACAUAGCCAUCAAUGGCAAGCAACUGGGUUUGCACAUGCUGGCAGAGCACAAGUUUCAGCCGCAGCAUCCCGCGAUAAUCAUACAGAUGGAGCAGUUUACCAUACGGGUGAGGAGAUCCCUGGAUGAACUCGAGUCUCGUUACUUCAAUCUAAACACAUAUACUAGCGCGAACGGCACAUACAAUGUGCCGGCAGUGUUAAUAUACGAAUGCUUUCACUGCAGAUUCCACUCCGCGAUACACAAAGAACUGUAUCUGCACAACCGGAAGAUGCAUCAGAAGACCAUAUUGAUUUGUAUAAUGUGCAAAUCGACAUUUUACAGUUACAGCGAGCUGCUGUGCCAUCUGUGUCCUGGUAUUUACUCGCCAAACGUAAACCUGCGAUACCGUUGCUGUCUCUGCUCGGUGGCCAGUCUCCCAUCGGAUCUGCGCAAGCGUCAUCACGUCUGUGACGUUUGUCUAGAAUCUACCGGCAAUCAACAGCGUCUCUCGAACCACGUGUGGAAGCACAAGUUACAUCAUUUAUGUUACAGAUGCGGCAUCGCGUACCGCAACAAACCGGACAUCACGAAACACCUGUUUUGGAAACAUGGCACAGAGAGUGUCUUGUGCCGGAAGUGCCUGCAGAAGAAAUGGCCGCACAUAUAUCACUUCUGCAUACCACCCACGGCAUUUGUUUGCGAGGAGUGCGGCUUAAGCUUUGGUCGCGCGGUGGCGCUCAAGGUGCACAAAAGAUUGCACUCGGGCGAUUCACCAUAUGGUUGCGACGAGUGCACAGAACGCUUUAUAUCGCGGAAACUUCUAGCCAAGCAUCAAGCGGCUCACAGGGAACCAAAGCCAGAAGACAUCGAUGUGAAUACGAUGGACGUGGUUCAUGUUCCACCUACGGAAAGAGACGAGAAAUUAGACACAGCGGCAGCGCCGAUCGACGGGACCGCCGUAGUGACGGGAGUCAUGGGGGUCGAAAUUACGAAGAAUGUCAAAGAGGCUGUGAAAAGAGUCGAUGUUUACGAUCUGCCUCCGCUUAAUCUAUCGUCUGAAAGCGACACGGAUAGCGAGGAAGAAAAAGUCACUUCCGCGGAGAAACUGCCGGAAAAAGAAAAAGUCGUAGAGGACGCAGCGGAAAAGGAAAAUGAAACCACCGAAGAGCUCUCUGCUACCGCUGUUGAUGAUGUUGCUACAUUAAACAACGAUAUAGUCGAAGUGGAACGGAACGAGGAGGAGAAGAAGCAGGAGGCACGCAUUAUGGACGGUAUAUGGGAUAAUUUCAAGACAUAUGCCGCCAGUCUGGACGUAGAGGAGUCCGCCAAGAACAUUGCGUUGAAGGAAAGCGUACCCGAGACCGAUGCCGCGUAUCUGAGAAGUAUUAUCCUCGCCGACCAUGAUUAUUGCAUAGUAUAUUCGUCCGAGAAGAAGAGCGAAGAUCAAGCGAUUUCCAAAGACGACGACGUAAAGGACGAACACGACGGAGUUAAAUCUAAAAGGAGUCCAUCACCCGGUACGCCGAAUCAAAACGCCGGAUGCGACAGCGACGCGAACAAACGAAAAGCAAAGACUCCUAAGAAAAAGAAAAGAAGCGGCAGCACAUCGUCCACGAGUGAUUCCUCGAGCGAUACCGAUUCGAGCAGCUGCUCGUGCGGCACCAACUGCAGCUGCAGCAGUUCCUCUUCCGGCAGUUCCUCCAGUUCUAGCAGCAGUUCCGACUCUGAUAGCUCCACACCUGAGAGUUCACCCAGAAAGCAAUCAAGCAAUCGUAAAGAAAAACAUAGUAAGAAGGAGAAGGAAAUCGAGCCGGAGGACAAAUUAGAAUCCGUUGAGCCGGAGAACAAGCCAGAGAUCACAGUAGAGAACGGUCUAGUAAUUCCCGAGCUAACGAGCGAGCUCCCGACAGUCACGGCGAAGCCGCUGUUACGGGAAUCCGAUUUGGAAACCGAGGAGACCGAAACAGACGAGGACUUUUACGACGAGCAUCCGCAGUUGCUUGCCAACAAAUUAUUGUCGGAGAAGCGCAAUCAGUUGCUGCUAUUGGCCGCCGUCGCGCCGGCGUCGACACCGAUCUCGCCGGCGCCAGCAAUGGAACAACCAUCGACGCCGCUCAACAACGGCAUUUUGGAUGCGGAAAAAACGUUGCCGGAAUCGAUUAUGAUGACCACUGAGGAUCAUCAGCAACCACAGCAGCAACAGAAGAGAAAAACAAAGACAAAGAAACGACGAAAAGGUGAGAGAGGCGGUAAGCGUAAUGCGACUACAGUGGAAUCGAUCAAGUUAAACAUUCCCAAGGCGUUUUACCGGAAAAAUCCGGGAUUCGUCGCAUCAUCGCCAGCGAUGCUGCAUCCCAAUAGCAGGGCCUCGACACCGAACCAACUGCUGGCUGCCACAUGUAACGAUCACGACAGUGUUGGCGGUGCAAUGGAGAUGAUGCAGCAACAGCAACAAACAUCGAUCACUACUGUCAUUGGCGUGCCAAAUCAACAUAUCGGUGCAGGCGGCAUGGAGACGGAGAAUAAGAGAGUUUCGAAGAGGAAACGUGUGCCGAAGCGUUUUUAUGGCGAUUCAAGCGAUGAUGAGCCGCAGGACAAGCAACCGGCGUUUAAUAGAUGGCGAAAAAGUGAGAUCCCUGCUAGUCCCUCAGCCUUUGUAUCGCCACUCCCGCCGACAGCAAUGACAUCACCGAAUCCGAAAUCGAUCGUACCUCCAAGAUAUCCUUUGGGCGGCAAGAGCGUUACACAGACAUACACCAACAGGUCCCAGGUAGUCCAAAUGGAGCAGGCAGCUAGUCAGCAGCAAGCGGUUCUAUCCGAGGAGUUGCCGCGCAUCAUCACGCCAGCGUCCGCCACCGAAUCCGACGAUCCUGCGGAGAGCAGCAGUGAUAGCAGCGAGUCCGAGAUCGAGGACGUCACGAGACAGACGAGGAUAAAUCGUAACAACUUGACGAUGCCAUCAGCCAUAAAUACAUCAGCCACGGAGCGGCCUGGCAAGAUUUAUUGUUAUUGCCGCUGCCCGUACGACGAGGUGUCGGAGAUGAUAGCUUGCGACGGCGAGGACUGCCGCAUUGAAUGGUUUCACUUUGAGUGCGUCGGUAUAAUGGUGCCGCCCAAGGGCAAGUGGUAUUGUCCGGAUUGUCGGAAGAAGCACGAUAUCGUACAGAACGACGACUAUUGCGAUUGAUAGUGAGAUGACAAACAAAACAAUGAUGAUAGCGACAGCGUACUAAUUACCAAAUUCGACCGAUCGAAAUCGUUGCUUUUAGGCAUAAUGCUAAAAUUUUCCUUCUUUCUUUUUCACGAAAAGGAAAAAAAAGAUACUACACUGUUCCAUGUUGAUAUUUUUCUUAAACCGAUAUGUAGACAAUGUUUGUACAUAAUUGUGUAAAUACGUCCUAGAGUUUGUAAGAAUGAAAAAAUGAGGUUUUUGUGUACAUUUUUUUGUAUUUCUUUUAACGACGGCGCCAUGUAUAAAUAUAUGAAGUAGAUAUGUAGAUAAAUAGAUAGACACAGACAGAUAGAUAGAAUAGGUAGGUAGGCAGAUAAACAGGCUGAUAGCGAAUAACGGUGCAAAACCGUAGGAACCUAGCUUUUCGCAAGGGCAGGACAGCGUUUUACGAAUUCGGAAUUUUCAUCUGAUUAUGAUUGUCGGUAUUGCUGGCGGUAUUUGUCUUGAUCUUAGCUGUUCUCGUCGCGAUCGAACUUGCAUGAACUCUCGCAUAUCUCUCUGUUAGUUCAGCAAAAGCACUAAAUUUGUAAUACUAAAUAUGUAAUUGUCGCGCGCGCGGGUGAUUGCCAUCUACUUUUUUUUUUAAACUACGGAUACAGAAAUAUGACAAUUUCCUUGUUUUCUUGUUGGCAAACAGACGGUUUUAUAAAUUUUUAAAUCGUUAAAUUCAUUAAGUUUGCAUUGCAUUAAUCGUUAACUGUUCUCUUUAACAACGGCUAUGUUCGAAUUGUCGCCAUGUAGCGCUUAUUUAAAAUGAUUGUACCUCUUGAGAGGUGUAUCUUUCCUUGCUUCUAGUCUAUCAUAAGGUAAAAUGCUUGAAGUGAAACGUUAUUCUUUCAGCAGCCGAAACAGCCCUUUCGUCGACAGUCUUGUGCCACAUCGAAAAGCCGAUUAACGGUCGUAUAAAGGCUUAUAUCGCAUCAGUGAGAUCUACAAACGUGUUAAAUUAAAUUAAAUUAAUUAGAAAGCAGGCGCCAUUCUUUGACUAUGAGAAUCGAUUAACAAAAUAUCGACGCGCGGAAAGUACUGUUAAUAUUAGAAAUGGAGAGAUCGUGAAAUGUUUAUUGAAAAUUUCGCUUUAAACAGUAUUAUAGGAUAUAUACAAGGAAACAUAUAUCCAUCAUGUUUAUUUAUAUACGUUUCCGAAUUUCAUAUCUUUAUAUACAUAUACAUAACAUCCUGUAUAUAUACACACAUAUAGAACACACGAAAUUCGGAAAUGUAUAUAAGAGAGAAAGAGAGAGAAAACAUAAUGGAUAUAUAAUAUAUAUACACAAUAUACAUCCCCCAUAUAACUGGUAAUACAAUCGAAAAAAUAAUAGUUCUAUGAAAAAAUAAAUUAAAAAUGUAGAAUAAUUUUUUUUUGUGCAAGGUUUUAUUGCCGAGAAAAUUGACUUUGAAAAUUGGAAAAUUAAUAAUAAUUUGCUUUUUUAAACUUGAGUGAUUUCUGACAAUCUUGUGUUAUACAUUAUCGAAUUUUUCUUGCGUGGUUGAUAAAAUAUAUAUAAAAAGAUGCAACAUUUUUUUUAUUGAAUAAAUGAAGUUUAUCUACAUAUUUUUCUCAUUUACGAUACUUCUUCAGUGUAAAUUAUUUUAACUUGUUUUAUUAAAUAGAUUAAUAGUUUUUAUUUGUACUUUUACAUAUAUAUUAAUAAUCACUCUUGAGAUGAAAAAAUUCAAAUAUGACAAAAAGUGAAUUUUUUUAAAGUGAAUUUUCUUGAAAACAAAAUCUUAUAUGAAAAGAUAUUAUUAUGUGUUUUCGAAUUAUUUUUUCAUAUAAAAUCCUUGUUAGUCGCGUCUGUUUGAACAGAUUUUCACAAGUGUCUGCUAAAAAUUUUUAUCAGCAGAAAAGCUAUGAAUUUAAUAGAAUUUGUUAAUUUCGAUUAUGUCGACACACUGUAACAGAGCCUGAGCAUAAAGAUUGUCAUAAUCGUUUGUCACAGACGUUAAGUCGAAGAUGUAAGGUAAUGCACAAUGAUUGACGUAAACGCCGACGGCCAUUCUGCUAGCAUUUCUUCUUUUCUUUAUUCUUAAUGUCUCUUUCAAUUUUAAUCUGACGUUUACAAAAAAUAAAUAGUUCCGAUCUUUGUUUUAGGUUUACUUCCAUCACUUUCGUUUACUCCUCACAGCAGUAUAUAUCUAUAAAAAAAUUUCUCCAGAGUACCGCGAUGCUACAGAUAAUCGUCAUGUUGAUUUCCUCAAUUGUUAACUUUAGUUUCCUCCAGUGUUUCGAUACCCAUAAUGUCCAUGGCAAAAUCUUUGUAAGAUAUUCUCUGUAUCAUAACGUAACAAUACAUUACUCUCGGGAAGCCUAA